GCAGAGAGCGGAGCUGCGCACCGCGCACCCCUGGCCGGCUGCGGCUGCCGCAGCGCAACCUCCCGCUGGUCGUCUGGCUCAGGCCUCAAUGAGGAGCCCAAACAUGGAGACGUUCAAGCAGCAGAAGGUGGAGGACUUCUACGACAUAGGAGAGGAGCUGGGGAGCGGCCAGUUCGCCAUCGUGAAGAAGUGCCGGGAGAAGAGCACGGGGCUCGAGUAUGCAGCCAAGUUCAUCAAGAAGCGGCAGAGCCGGGCCAGCCGGCGGGGCGUGUGCCGGGAGGAGAUCGAGCGGGAAGUGAGCAUCCUGCGGCAGGUGCUGCACCCCAACAUCAUCACGCUGCACGACGUCUAUGAGAACCGCACCGACGUGGUGCUCAUCCUCGAGCUAGUGUCUGGAGGAGAGCUCUUUGACUUCCUGGCCCAGAAGGAGUCGCUGAGUGAGGAGGAGGCCACCAGCUUCAUUAAGCAGAUCCUGGAUGGGGUGCACUACCUUCACACAAAGAAAAUUGCUCACUUUGAUCUCAAGCCAGAAAAUAUUAUGUUGCUAGACAAGAAUAUUCCCAUUCCACACAUCAAACUCAUUGACUUUGGCCUGGCUCACGAAAUCGAAGAUGGAGUUGAAUUCAAGAACAUUUUUGGGACGCCGGAAUUUGUUGCUCCGGAGAUUGUAAACUACGAGCCCCUGGGCCUGGAAGCCGACAUGUGGAGCAUCGGCGUCAUCACCUACAUCCUCCUAAGCGGAGCGUCCCCUUUCCUGGGCGACACGAAGCAGGAGACGCUGUCCAACAUCACAGCAGUGAGUUACGACUUCGACGAGGAGUUCUUCAGCCAGACCAGCGAGCUGGCCAAGGACUUCAUUCGGAAACUGCUGGUUAAAGAGACCCGGAAGCGGCUCACCAUCCAAGAGGCUCUCUCUCACCCCUGGAUCACGUCGGGAGGAGAAGCCAGCACCCCCGAACAGCGGGAGACGGAGCCCCCCCAGCUGAAGACCAAGCGCCUGCGGGAGUACACCCUCAAAUGCCACUCAAGCAUGCCCCCCAACAACACCUAUGUCAACUUCGAGCGUUUUGCCCGUGUGGUGGAGGACAUGGCACGGGUGGAUGAGGGGUGCCGCGCCCUGGCAGGGGCCCACGACACACUGCAGGACGACGUGGAGGCGCUGAUCUCCAUCUACAACGAGAAGGAGGCUUGGUACCGAGAGGAGAAUGAGAGCGCCCGGCACGACCUGUCCCAGCUCAGGUACGAGUUCCGCAAGGUGGAGUCCUUGAAGAAGCUCCUGCGAGAGGACCUCCAGGCCACCAGCGCCAGCCUGGGGAGCGUGGCCCGGAAGCUGGAGUGUGUGCAGGAGCAGUUCGGGGCCCUGAGGCGGGAGCUGUCCGCGGACCUACAGUGGAUGCAGGAAGUGGUGAACGGCUUCCAGCUGGAGAGUGGGCGCACAGAUGGCCUGGGCUCCGUGUUCCGUGGGGACGCGAGCGAAUCUCUGUCGGAGCUGCUCAGCAGAGUCUGCAGUGAGGAAAUCCUGGGCGCCGUGCAGUUCUGAGCCCCAGGAUCCGGCCGCAAUGCCUCCGAUGGCUUGCACACGUGUGUGCUCACCCACCUGCGGGGCUGUGUGUCUGCAGCAGGGCCUCCCGCCCGCUCCACGGACCCAGGACUGCUGAGGGGCUGGCUCCUGAUUCACGACACACAACCCUGCACCCACCCACCCAGUCUCCUCGGAGAUGCUGGAGAGGCAGCCACGCUGGGAAAGCCCCCCACAGGGUCCCCGUCUCCGAGGGAGGAUAAUUAAUGUGAGAUAACGGAUUUGUUCACUUCUCACUUCCCGCCUCCGCGAAUCUCAGAGUGAGGUCUUGGGCCACAUUUGAUUAACUAAGCCAGCAGGGCGACUUGCUGCUGCAGAAUAGGGGUGUGAAAUGCACAGAGAAAAUAAUAUUCUCUUUCAUGUGCACUGACUUUUCACUUCCCAAGCCCUUAGGCCUGUGGCCUCGCCUGAUCCUUAAAAGAAUUCUCUGAGGCGAGGAGAUGGGUGGUGCCAUUAUUAUUAUUAUUAUUAAUUAUUAUUAUUUCUGUGUAACUGAUGAGGAACUUAGAAAGAUUCUAAUGACUUAGAACCUUUCACAGCCAGUUGAAUCCGAUGAGUAGAAACCAAGGAUGCAGCCGCACUGUGGUACAGCGGGUAAAGCUGUGGCCUGCAGUGUCGGCAUCCCAUAUGGGCGCUGGUUUGAGUCCUGGCUGCUCCACUUCCAAUCCAGCUCUCUGCUGUGGCCUGGGAAAGCAGUGGAAGAUGGCCCAAGUCUUUGGGCCCCUGCACCCACAUGGGAGACCCAGAAGAAGCUCCUGGCUCCGAGUGGACACAGCUCUGG